AUGGCCAACGACGACGGCUACAACUGGCGCAAGUAUGGGGAAAAGCAGGUCAAGGGCAGCCCCUUUCCACGCAGCUACUACAAAUGCAGCCACCCGGGGUGCCCAGCCAAGAAGAUGAUUGAGCGGGAGCCCAAGACGGGCAGGAUCUCGCAGGCAGAGCUGAAGAAUGAGCACAAUCACGCUAAGCCGGGUCAGCGGCGCCGCACCCCCUCUGCCGGCGUGUCGCCCCCGGCCGACGGUGCCGGGCCCUCUGGCAGGCGUGGCUCAGAUGCGGCAGAGGGCGGCGGCGGCGACGAGCGCAACGUGGUGGAGCUGGAGACGGAUGCAGAUGGCAUGGAUGAUGGCUACAGGUGGCGCAAGUAUGGGCAGAAGAUCGUCAAGGGCAACCCUCACCCGCGCAGCUACUACAAGUGCACGCACCCCGGGUGCAAUGUGCGCAAGCAGGUGGAGCGCAGCGGGCGCAACGCGCGCAUGCUGGUCACCACCUACGAGGGCACGCACACGCACGACCCGCCAGCCACCACAAACGGC